GAUUUCCUUUAUCGUGUUUACAUAGGCUACAUCCGGCGCUUAUAUCUGUUGCUUAUCGUAUUUGAUUUCCAUAUUGGCAACAUGGACAUGCCACAAGGUCAAGCAGUUAAUAAUGCAAUUCUAGCAGGUUCGCCAAGGCAUGGUUUCCUGAUUCCAAGUCCCAUCCCGACCCGCCGAGCCAGAACGCAAUCCCAGUCGGAAGUUGCUGCCAAAAGUGAAGUUUACAAGGGUACAGUGCAGAGAUUUUGUCGACAGAAAGGACAUGGCUUCAUCAUCCCUGAGAAUGAAAAAGAGGAUCCAGAACCACUGUUUGUUCACAUUUCAGAUAUUGACGGAGAGUAUGUUCCAAAGGAAGGUGACCAUGUGUCCUAUAAAAAGUUGUUGAUUCCACCGAAGAUGGAGAAAUAUCAUGCUGUACAUGUGGUGAUCACACACCUUAAUGAAGGUGUGUCACACGAGAAAUGGGACUCGCCUUGUUCUUCUCCACGCACCACGUAGGAAGCUGAAGCAUCAGGUGUGGUUUUAGGUGUAUACAUUGAGUGAGGAGAAGUAGAGGACCAGUUCAGGGAUGGGAGAUAUUACUAUUGUUAAUCUUAAAUGUCGAUAUUGACACUAUUGAGAUUUGGUUUAGUAACAUUUAGUUUUGAGAUAACUGAAAUUAAUGUUUCAGAGCAAUGCGAAGUGGGACAAGUGAACCUUUGUUUAUACAACACGACCAAUUCAUCUUUCUCUGAUGUAACCUUUGAGUAGAAAAUCAAGUCGGACUGCCAAAAUGUUCAAUUUUGAUUCAGGUAUUGAAUGUCUUUUAUGGUCUAGGGAUACAUUUUGUCAUUCAUGUGAAGAUAAAACAACCAGAAAAUACAUGUGUGGUUCCUAAGAAGGCUUUGGAGAGUGCUGAACCUCAAUAAUCUUACCUCAAACAGGUUUUGUCAAAUUUGUGUAGGUCUGUUUCCUUCAACCUGAUGUCUGCCAUUAACUUAACCAUAACAUCUAUUUCUAGUCGUAUGGUGUUCAGUAUGACUAGAUAAAUAUGUUGCACGAAAUUUCACAUGGAAUAAAUGAUAAUUUUGAUUCCUGGCUAUGUGAACCUGUUAAUUUCGUGCUCUUUUUAUCAACAUUGACUCGCCUAUGAUCAGUAUGAUUAUAAAAGGUGAACACGGAUUGUCAUCUAAUCUAACUCUACAGGAAGUGUAUAUGCAUUCUUAAGACAUCAUUCAUACAACUUACAGCAGUGACUGUCCUGAUUAUAUAAAGUCUGGGACUAAACAGGACUUGUAAUGUGCUUUUAUGAUUUUUGUAUGCAAGAAAAAAUUUUUGCAAAAACUGUUCUAGGAAUUACUUCCUAUUUUGCUUAAUAUAGUGAUGUUUAUUUACUUGUGAAAACUUUGAACUCUGUUGGCACUUGUGUUGUUAAAGAUUCCAGACAAAUGGGAACAUAUGGUACACCUUAUUAAUUACUGAUGUAUUCACUACUUUUUUUAUACACUGUAUAUCUGGAAAUAUGAAAACCAAACAGCAAUUUCCUUGUAUCUGACAAAGUUGUUUUUAAAAGAAAUUAUAAUCAUGGGAAAAUUAUUAUAUGAAAUUAUUGUAUGGUCCAUUAUAUUGUACACAUGUUAUUUUUAUGUAUUUCGUUUUAAGAAAUAAUUAGGGGAGAUAACUUAUUCCUCAAAUACAGCUA